GAUAGGCUAAUAUGUGAUUGACAGCAAAUAUUGCCCAAUGGGAAAGCUUCCUCGCAAAAAUGUCGCUUUUUUUCGCCGGUUCCAGAAAACCAACCACGAGUUUCUAGUCGUGUGGGAGAAUCCAUUUUGAAGAGAGCUCUCCGGCUGCGAGGCUUGUUUAGGUGUCACAGUUUAAAAAUGUCUGAAGCAGAGCAGCAGUACAUGGAGACGUCGGAAAACGGUCACGAGCUCGACGAUGAUUUUAACGGAGCCGGCCUCGGCGGCGAGGGGGAAGACGGCGGCGCCGAGAACGAGUGCGACCAGGCCGGGGACGGCGGGGAUGCGAGCUCGCAGAACGGCGGCACGGAAGGAGGCCAGAUCGACGCCAGCAAAGGCGAAGAAGAUGCGGGAAAAAUGUUUGUUGGAGGCCUCAGCUGGGACACCAGCAAGAAAGACCUGAAGGAUUACUUCUCCAAAUUCGGCGAGGUGACGGAUUGUACCAUCAAGAUGGAUCAGCAGACGGGCCGGUCACGAGGGUUCGGCUUUAUUCUCUUUAAAGAUGCCGCGAGUGUAGACAAGGUUCUUGAACAAAAGGAACACAGGUUAGAUGGUCGGCAGAUUGACCCCAAGAGGGCGAUGGCGAUGAAGAAGGAGAUAGUCAAAAAGAUCUUUGUGGGAGGCCUUAAACCUGACUUGUCAAAGGAGGAAAUUGAGGAGUAUUUUGGAGCCUUUGGAGAGAUCGAGACUAUUGAGCUACCGCAGGAUCCAAAGACCGAGAAGAGGAGGGGAUUUGUAUUCAUUACAUACAAAGAUGAGCCUUCAGUCAAAAAAGUUUUGGAGAAGAAAUACCACACUGUCGGUGGAAGCAAGUGUGAAAUAAAAAUCGCUCAACCCAAAGAGGUCUACAUGCAGCAGCAGUAUGGCGCGCGUGGAUACGGUGGACGUGGAAGGGGGCGUGGAGGCCAGGGCCAGAACUGGAAUCAAGGCUACAACAACUACUGGAACCAAGGAUAUAACAACCAUGGCUAUGGUUAUGGACAGCAGGGCUAUGGAUAUGGCGGCUAUGGCAACUAUGACUACUCUGGUUAUUACGGCUAUGGGGGUGGCUACGAUUACAACCAGGGCAAUACAAGCUAUGGGAAAACUCCAAGACGUGGAGGCCACCAGAGUAGCUACAAGCCAUACUGAUCACUCAUAGUGCAGGUCUAAAGUAAAUAAAAAGAGAUCCAUGGUCUGACCACAGCGAACAUGGGCUCUGGCUUUUCCUUUGGAGUUGGCAGAAAUUUGGACUCCAUUUGUACAGAUCAAGCGAGGAAACUGGGGAAGCAAUUGUCACUUUUUUUCCCACUUUUUAUUUUUGGUUUUCGUGUCCAUUUACAUUUCCAGCGAUGGAAGUGUUAUUUUUUUACUGUACUUUUUGGUACCUUUUUUGAAUAAUGUAAUGUAUGGUUGUAUUUUUACAUGUCAACUGGAUUUACACAUGUGGAGGAACAAGAGCUUUCAAAGCUCUCAAAUAAAAUUGUUUAGUUGUUUUUUUUUGUUUUAUUUCCUGUUUUUGUGUUUGUAAAAAAGAAAAAAGUGUUCUUCCUCUUGUAUUGAAAGAAUUCUGCACGAUUUAAGUAGAAGAAGGGAUUUAACAUGAGCAGAAGUGGGUGUGUCACUUUGUUGCCAAUAUCAUACAGAUGGAGUCAUUCCCCCAUUUUCUAUUUUUUGUCUUGGUUUUUAAAGUUUUUCUUUCUUGAACAUGUUUGCAGUUUUAACUGACUUCACUUGUGUUAUUGAACUGAAUGCAAGCCUGUUCAUGUAAGAGGGCAUUCCCUCUCUCACUGGAGUUUCAUUCCUCAAGUGUCCUGGAUAAAAGUGGUAGAAAUAAACUUUUGGUUCAAAUUACAAAAAACAUCUUUUUUGUUAUUAUUUGUAAAGUUAAUGGUAAAUGUACCUCUAAAUGGCUUGCUAAUUUUGUAAACCUUUUCCCCAUGGAGGCCUCUUUGGAAAGCAUUGGCAGAGGGCCUCAGUAUCUGCAGAGUAACUGGAAAUAUGUUGAUUUCCAUUUAUUAUACCAACACUUCUGCUAUAGAUAAUGGUAAGUGAUUUUCUUUGGCAUUCUGGGUAAUGGAGUUUAAUGAAAUAACUGAUAACUUUGAUGCAUUUUUUGGCGCUUUCAUGAUUUAAAUGUUUAUUUAUUGGGAGUCCUCAGAGCUGAUAUGCCUUGUUCCAUGGUGAUGCUGUGAAUUGGUGCUGAAGACCUGUGAAAGAACAUUUGAGUUCAGUUCCAAAGGAGGGUUCUUUGCAGAACAUUUUGAUUCCACUCAGUGUGCUCUGGAUGUAAACUUUGCUAUUGUAUAUGUGGUUUUUAACGUUCAACGGAAGAAGGGAACGACUGCUCCGCAAGAUGUCAAGCUGCAAGAACGGGUAACAUCUCUACCUCUGAACUAUGAAUGUGACCACCUGAAAAUGUGAUGCAAUUAAAAGUUUUAUACAGGUUGAACUAA